AUGGAGGCGGCCGAAGCUCGCGCAAACGCUCCGCCGAGCCUCAAGCAGCGUGUCUCUUAUGCUUUUGACGGAGUCGCCGACUGGAUCUCAUCGCGCGGUUUUUUGAGCCUCUACAGACGCCAACCCAUUCAACUCGGCGAUGAUUCGGAUGUGAUUCCUUCGGACGAUUUCGCCAUCCGCGAACCGAAGCUCAGUCGGCUAGGCCUCGUCGUCCUCACGAUCAGCCUCGCAGGCGCUCAGGUCGCGUGGACGCUUGAACUCGCCUACGGAACGCCAUACCUGCUCUCGCUCGGUCUCAGCGAAGAAAGCACCAGCCUGGUCUGGCUGGCCGGUCCCCUCAGUGGCCUUAUCGCACAGCCUGUCGUUGGCUCGCUCUCGGACCACUCGACCUCGUCCUUCCGUCGGCGCAAGUACAUGAUCGUCUCGGCUUCGCUGCUCACCAUCUCCACUAUCACCCUCGCCUACUCCGUCCCCAUCUCGACCGCUCUCGUCGACCUGUUUGGCGGCGGACUUGCCGAUUGGGAUCCCCACCGUCACGAGCUCGUUCACUCCACCACGCAGAUCAUCUCGGUCGUCGCUUUUUGGAUCCUCGAUUUCGCCCUCAACGGCUUGCAAGCCUCUUCGCGAGCUCUCAUCCUCGACACGGCACCUUCGGAGCAGCAGACCAUCGCCAAUGCGUGGCAGGGUAGGAUGACGCACGCCGGAAACGUCGUCGGAUACCUGUGCGGGUGGGUCGACCUCGCCAGCUGGAAAGGACUUCGAUGGCUUGGUGGAGGCCAGUUCCGCAGGUUCGCGGUCAUCUCGCUGCUAGCGAUGGCAUCGUGCGUCAGCGUCACCGUUCUCGGCAUCUCAGAGUCGCCCGCGGAUCACGGGUUCUCGCAUUCGACGCAGAGGCAGUCGAUGUGCAGCUCGGCGUGGAGCACGGCAAAGACGACGGUGGAGAAUGUCUGGCAUGCGAUCCGAAGGCUGCCCAGGUCGGUGAGGAGGGUGUGUAUGGUGCAGCUGUUUGCUUUUAUGGGUUGGUUCCCGUUCCUGUUUUACAGUACGACGUAUGUGGUGCAGAUUGCGCAGUACGAGAGGAAUCUGGGGAAGAGGCGGUCCCAUGAGGAUGAUUUCUUGAUGGGAGCGCUUUAUGCGGAGGAGGGCGAAGGCGGACAUGGAGGGUCCUCGGAUAGGGAUGCGGAGCGUGGAUCGUUCGCCAUGCUGAUGUUUGCGAUCGUGUCGCUCGUCGCUGCCGCGUUGCUGCCGUACCUUGCUUUGGCGGGAGAGAAACGAGGCGGGUCCGCAUCGCGGUCAGAAGCUCCCUCCAGAGCCGACGAGGGGGAAGAUACAUCGACGCCGCCGCUGCAGCUCAAUAUUCCCGUCGAACACGAAGCGAUUCCGCACGACCCAGAACACCUCGAAACCCUCUCCCGCACCAAACGCAUCGCCCGAGGUCUCACCCAGGGCCUCACCCUGCGAACAUUCUGGACUUUGGCAUCGAUCGCAUUUGCCUCGCUCAUGCUCAUCGGUACAGCGUGGGCGUCUACGGUUGGUCAGGCGACGGUCGUCAUCGCGCUCGUGGGUGUGCCGUGGAGCAUCGCUGCAUGGGCACCGUUUGCGAUGGUGGGCGAGUUUGUGAGGGAAGCAGAGGACGGAGAGUCGCCGUUCGAGUUUGAAGGGGAUCAUUGGAGUCCUGCGAGGAUAAGGGAGAGGGCGCAGGAAGAGGGGUGGGGGAGGAAGCAGAGGAGGGAGAGUUUGAUGGGUCAAAAUGGAGGGCAGGAGAGGGACGGCAGCCCGAGAGCUGGGGGCGGAUUCAAGUAUGUCGACGAGGUGGAGCCGAGGAGGGUGAGCGGAUUGGGAGAGCAAGGUGCGAGGGAGAGGAUCAGAGCGUCGCUGGUCAAUUGUGCUCCCUUGCCUCAUACGCUUUCGGGUAGCUCGGAAGAUCUGGAAUCGCUCGGCACCGCACCCGGAGCUGGUAGACGACAGAGUUCCUACUCCUCGCACACGCCCGAAGCGCAACCGACGGGUGGAGCAGGCACGAUCUUGGGCAUCCACAAUCUGGCCAUUGUAGCGCCGCAGUUUGUGGUGGCCAUCAUCGCCUCGUUGAUCUUCAGCGGCGUACAUUCGUCCCACAAUGGGGUGCAUCUGGUGUUAGGGUCCGGGGUGAAGGGUCUGGCAGGGGAGGGGGAGGUGAGGAAUCCGGCAGAGGGGACGAUUUGGGUGAUGAGGUUUGGAGGUAGUAUGGCGUUGAUCGCGGCGCUGCUGACGAGGUAUGUGCCUCUGACGUUGAGUGAAAGGUCGAGGCGGUAUGGUCGAGCGGAGAUGCAGAGAGGAGGGUAUCGCGAGGGGGUGGAGGAAGAUCACGAGGAUUGA